AUGGAAAGCUUUUGCAAAAGAAAUGAUUUAACUAUGACAUUAGUUAAAAAAGAACCAGUCGAUGAAUGUGAUGAUCACAUUUUAGAAGAAAAAUCAAAAAACGAACAAGACAUUAAAAAUGAAUAUAGCGAAUGUAAUGAAUUUGGCAAAAAUAAUCCAAUAUACAAUGAAUAUGAAGAUAAUGAACAAAAUGAAAUCAAUGAAAAUUGA